AUGUAUUUUCUAUGGCCGCUCGUUACCUUACUGUUAACGCACGACUUCCUCGUUACCGCGCUGUCUCCCCUGGGGCCCAGAGAUGGAUUAUGUGGGAAGGCAUUCCCUCACCUCAAAUCCGAGAAGCUGACCGUAGACGAUAAAUGGAACUUGGAUGAGGUGAUAUGGGGCAUUGAUGGGAUACAGAAGACUGAAUAUGGCAGGACAGCUGGCUUUGACCCCAAUCACAGCGGAGAAAGCAGCAUUUCUACUCCCCCCCUCCCUAGUCUCGUGAAUUACAGCACCGACAUCCUUCCUGUGGCUGUGGAAGGGUCGCCUUUCGAUCAAUUCCACGUUACCGCUACUUUGAGAUAUCCGUGGUCUACGAUAGGGCGGAUAUUUUUUCGGCGAUUCAGAGGGGAUAAGGGGGGCUGGUGCACGGGUACACUGGUCGGAAAGAACCUGUUACUUACUGCAAGCCACUGUUUCCCGUGGAACUACAGCCCCAGAAGGUGGAUGCGGUUUGUACCUGGAUUUGGCCAUGGCAAGAGACACGCGGAGCCCUUUGGCAGCUCGUACAUCUCGCAGUGUCGUGGGGUGAAGAACACGCUCAACGUUACUGGGAUAGACUACGUUAUUUGUAGGCUGUGUGAGCCCCUGGGCGAACGGGUGGGAUGGAUGGGAACUGCUUGGUGGAAAGAUAUGCAAACAUAUGUUAACCGGUCGUGGCUUAGCUCAGGGUACCCAGUUGAACCUCUCAAGGGCAUGGCGCAGAUGCUGGUUACGAAUCUGACUCUUGACGGUAUUGAUCCCCAUGGAGAGAUUGGAGUAGAGCUGGAAUCGAAGGUGUUUGCGUCGCCUGGGUGGUCAGGUGGCCCCCUGUGGGGUUAUAUUGACGGACAGCCUACGAUCGUUGGUGUUUGUAGUGGUGGAGAGCGAAGCUGCAGUGAGCAGCCGGGCGGUUGCUUUAUGGCAAACAGGUCCGACCCUUACCACGAUGUAUCCGCUGGCGGCAAACUCAUGACCGAACUUGUUCGCUAUGGGAAAACGCAUUGGUAG